AUGACCAACAGCAUCUCCAUCACCCAGUUCCUCCUCCUGGCAUUCGCAGAUACACAGGAAUUGCUGCUCUUGCACUUCUGUCUCUUCCUGGGCAUCUACCUGGCUGCCCUCUUGGGAAACGGCCUCAUCAUCACCACCAUAGCCUGUGACCACCAUCUCCACACCCCCAUGUACUUCUUCCUCCUCAACCUCUCCCUCCUUGACCUGGGCUCCAUCUCUACCACUCUCCCCAAAUCCAUGGCCAAUUCCCUUUGGGACACCAGGGCCAUCUCCCACCUGCAACGUUUUGCCCAGCUGUUUCUGCUCAUCUUCUUGCUUGGAGCAGAGUGUGCCCUUCUCACUGUCAUGGCCUAUGACCGCUAUUUUGCCAUCUGCAAACCCCUGCACUAUGAGACCCUCCUGGGCGGCAGAGCUUGUGUCCACAUGGCAGCAGCUGCCUGGGGCUCUGGGUUUCUCAAUGCUGUCCUGCUCACGGCCAAUACAUUGUCACAACCCCUCUGCCAGGGCAAUGUCCUGGACCAGUUCUUCUGUGAAAUCCCACAGAUCCUCAAGCUCUCCUGCUCACACUCCUACUCCAGGGAAGUUGGGCUUCUUGUAUUUGGUGGCUGUUUAGCAUUUGGGUGUUUUGUUUUCAUUGUGGUGUCCUAUCUGCAGAUCUUCAGGGCUGUGCUGAGGAUCCCCUCUGAGCAGGGACGGCACAAAGCCUUUUCCACGUGCCUCCCUCACCUGGCCGUGGUCUCC